AUGAGGAAGGAGUUGAGUGACAUUGCAAGGGACACUUCAUCUGAAUAUUUCAGUGCAGGUAUUGCUACCGGAAACACGUACGAUUGGGAGGCCACGGUUCAUGGGCCACCGCUCACCCCAUAUGCUGGCGGUGUGUUUCGGUUGGGUGUCAGUUUUCCGCAAGAAUAUCCAUUUAAGCCACCAAAGCUAACAUUCUUAACCAAGAUUUACCACCCAAACAUCAACGACAAGGGUAGCAUCUGUGUAGACAUAUUGAAAAACAACUGGAGUGCAGCCAACACAAUGACUGCUGUCUUCAACAGCAUAUUGCUUCUAAUGGCAUCCCCGAACCCAGAUGAUCCUUUGGUGCCUGGUAUUGGUAAGCAGUACAUCAAUGAUAGACUCGAGUUCGAGCAGGUAGCUAGAAUCUGGACUGUCAAAUACGCAGCUUAA